UAUCCUAUCCGUAUAGAGCCACCAAUGAACGCGCAGUCGAAAUCUCGUUUCUCUACAUGUUAGCAUCUUAUUUUUUUAGUAUCUUUCUGUGCCCCCGGGUGUACAAACAUCAAAAAAUCAUCCCCAACACUCCAGUCAUCCAUCGGAGAUUGAAUACAGCACCUGAAAAAAAUUCAACUCGAGCUUCUAAUAAACUGAUAAACAAUAAUUGUGACAAUCCCUCUGAAUUCCUUCUGAUUCCGACGGGUAAAUAAAAUCUCUCGCAAUCUGGACACCACCUUAACCAGUGAUAUGCCAAGGCAUGCGCCGUAAACAUAACAAGAUUGAUGUCUCACGGAGCGCAGAUCCCAAUAUUGGCGCUUCUUAGCUUCUUCUUGGUGGUCCUGGCAGAGGAUGGCUUCAACAACACUGAUGAACCUCUUCAUUGUCCCUUCGGCUGCAUAUGCCUGUCAUCCAAGCAAGUGCUGUGCAACACAGGAGGUCUUCGGGACAUCCCAUUACACCUGAACAUCGGGAUCGAGAAUCUGUCGCUAUCGAAAAAUGAUUUUCGAGUAAUAGAGUCGGAUGCAUUUACGGGGCUCCGUUCGCUGCGCAAACUCAGCCUAGAUGGAAAUAAUAUCACAGCUAUCAAGCCAUUUGCAUUUCGCGGCUUAUCCAGACUCACGGAUUUGUCGAUUCAGUACACACCGCUUAACUAUAUUGGCAGUUAUUCAUUCGCAAUGCUGCACAAUGUGACACUCAUACUUCUAGCGCACAACAGGAUAAAGUAUAUUGAUGAAAAUUCAUUCGCCGGAACGAGUAAUAUCAAAUUAAUUCUGUUGACUAAUAAUCCAUUGGUAACAAUUCACUCGCAUGCAUUUUCGGGGUUGAAUUACGUGGAGAGACUCAUAUUUCCGAGUGGCAUACGAGUCAUUGAAUCCGAUGCUUUCAAUGGGCUGCAAUAUGUUGGUCUUUUGAAGUUAACAUUUAUGGAUUUGAACAGUCUCGCGCCCUUCACAUUUCGCGGUCUGUGUUAUAUUCAGGUAUUGAAUAUUCAGGAGAGCGAUCUUGGUACGAUAAAGCCAGACGCUUUCACCGGAAUAAGUCACAUCGACAGUAUCAACCUAUUGAAUAAUAAAAUUGAUUCCAUUCAAGAGCUCAAAUUACUCAACGACAGUGUGGUUACACUCUUGAGAUUUCAUGGCAAUCAUGUACUACAUUCACCCAGAGCCAGGGAUACGAGCUUGCAGGUGCUCAAUAUAUCAACACUUGGAAAUUAUUUUCCCUGUGACUGCCAGGUGCACGAGUUGUUUGACAGUGACUUUGUUAACGGCUCUGUCGAGCUCUUUCGCGAGAAAAAUUACUGCAUUUCCCCCUUGGAAUUCAAUGGCAGUCCUAUGAGUACUGUUGACUUUGAUUCAAUUGCCAAGUGUCACGAUAAAGUUAUCCAGGAUAAUCUCGGCUCCUCUGCCGAGCCACACACCGGGAUGAGAAAUUUAUUUCUUGUGCUCGCUGUUGUUUUUAAUGUCCUUCGAUAAACUUCAAGUUUACGGGCUACGGGAAGUGCUAAAAUCUCACUGAAUAAAUUGAUUUCGCUCUGGAGUAUGCCGGAAAUUUGCCAGGAAAGUUCUCGCCCGAGACUAGACAACGGAUCACUCACUCGGGAAAUAAACGAUCAUCAGGGAUAAUUCCCGGCCUGCCGUUCUGGCAGGUGAAAAUUCACCUGUCGUGUGGAGGAAAAUUUAGAGUGAAACUUAUUUUGACGGUUAGUAAUUUCCUCUGAUUAUACUGAUUGCUGGUUAUUUUGCAAGAAUAAUUAAAAAAAAGAAAUUUCGAUAAAUAUCCAAUGAUGCAAUUCUGACGAUCAUUAUAAAAGAAUUCCACGUGAAAUUCGAAUUACUGCCGAUUUUGAAUUUAACUUUCGCGAUUUACCAAUUUCUACUGGAUCAGACGACUCGCAGGAAAUAGAAUGAUCCGAAUGUACAUAUGAGUGCAAACAUACGUGCGAGAAGUGAAAUGAAGUAGAAGACCAAUUCACUGCAUGUGCAAAUUUAUUCUUUCUUCAACUCAUGAAAGUCAUUGUUGAUGUUGAUUUUCGGUGUUAGUCGCAUUGACUGUUACUAACAGAAAGACAGGAGAGUUUUAUGAAAUAAGGAUGAUAGCUUUCACUGGAUCUCAUAUAACUGCAGAACUACUUGCGAAAGAAGGGACAAGUAUGUGUGCAAUACAUAUCAACCGCUAAGCUUUCACGUUGUUCAACCGAAGAUAUGAAGAAUCACCAACGACCAGAAGUUGUUUGGAAAAAUUGUAGUGUCAGUUAGUAAAAAAUUGCAAUAGCCCAUGAAUUUCUCAUGAAUUUCUCGUGGUGAUAUGAUCAUUUUAUCUUGUUUCCAAAAAUUAUAAAAAUUCAACUGCAAUCUUUCUACGAUCGGGCGUUAAAUUUUUCUAAAGAAGUUCUCAUUAAAGCGCGAUGUUGUUCAUGUCUUCAUUAAUGCAACUUUCAUUUUGUAAUUCAUAAGCUGAAAAUGUUUUUGAUGAUGAUUAGGAGAGAAAAUGAGGGACGUGCUGUUUUUUGAAACGCUGGUCAGCCUUGGAGGACCAUUUUUACAUGUAAAUUAUGGUAACGACGAGAAUUAUGGAGAGUGCUCACUUAUUUCUAUUCGCUUGGGAAGUAAAAUCGAUGAGGGAAAUGGCUUUUCCCGGACAGGCGGCAAUUCUCAUUCUGUCUCGUCAUGGUGAUAAUACUGAAUAAAUCCACUAUGAAAGUAUUCCACAGUUUUUCUCAUAUUUCUAUUUAUCAUAAAUCACUCGGGAAUUAUUUCAAAUUUUUAAUCAACUCUUAUUUCACACAAUAAUUUACA